GUAGCGGUUUCAGAGACGUCAUGCUUGGAAAAUAAACAAUUAAGAAACAUUUACACAUCUUAAAAUACAGCAUUUGAAGUGUACAAUGCACCAGCAAUCAUUCAUAAUACUAAUAAUUGAACUGUCAUCCUGUCAGGUUAUAUUUUAGAAUCCUGACAGCAGUAUUGGAUUGAAGUUCAAGGGAACACUAUGGAAAUGUCUGAAUCGGCGACGCAGAAUGGGAGGCAGCGCAAGCAUCAUACUUCUUGGAAUAUGAAAAUGAACCAACGCAAGCAUGCAACAGAUUUGGAAAUUGAGAGUGAAGCCCUGCUGCAGGGCUCAGAUAGUGAAGUUGGACAUUCUGUUCCCAGAGUGUGCUAUGGGCUUAAAGAUGAACUGGGAAAUGUGUGUUUGCUGCUCUUCCUUUAUGUCCUUCAAGGGAUUCCAUUAGGUUUGGCUGGGAGCAUCCCUCUUAUACUCCAGAGCAAGAAUGUCAGCUACACGGACCAGGCUUGCUUCAGCUUUGUGUUUUGGCCUUUCAGUCUCAAGCUGCUCUGGGCACCUUUGGUGGAUUCUAUAUAUUUUCAACGGUUUGGACGGAGGAAAUCCUGGCUAGUGCCAACCCAGUAUCUCUUGGGACUAUUCAUGUUGUAUUUAUCAUAUACAGUAGACUCCUUACUGGAGAACGAUGGGCAAAAAGGCCCUGAUAUUGUGACUCUCACUGCUAUGUUUUUCUUGUUUGAAUUCUUAGCUGCCACACAAGAUAUAGCAGUGGAUGGAUGGGCAUUGACUAUGUUGUCUAGGGAAAAUGUAGGUUACGCCUCAACCUGCAACUCAGUCGGUCAGACGGCAGGAUACUUUCUAGGCAAUGUACUCUUCUUGGCAUUGGAGUCACCUAAUUUCUGUAACAAAUACUUGCGUUUUGAACCACAGACCAAAGGAAUUGUCACUCUUUCAGAUUUCUUGUUUCUCUGGGGUAUUGUUUUCUUGGUGACGACAACAUUAGUUGCAAUAGUGAAAAAGGAGAACUGUAAAAAAUCCAAACCCAAUGAAGAAACCCAAGGUGUUAUGGAAACAUACAAACUUCUCUUUUCAAUUAUCAAGUUGCCAACGGUUUUGACGUUUUGUGUUCUGCUACUCACUGCUAAAAUGGGAUUUUCUGCCGCAGAUGCUGUAACUGGACUCAAAUUAGUUGAAGAAGGGGUUCCUAAGGAACAACUGGCUCUGCUGGCCGUACCUAUGGUACCUUUGCAGAUCUUAUUGCCUCUGAUAAUCAGCAAGUAUACAGCUGGCCCUCGACCACUAGACAUUUUUUACAAAGCCUUCCCAUUCAGACUGCUGAUAGGGUUGGAGUUUGCUUUGCUGGUUUGGUGGACUCCUAGUGUAAAACAAGACGGAGGAUUUCCUGUAUAUUACUAUAUAGCCGUGCUGCUAAGUUAUGCUGUUCACCAGGUUUCCUUGUAUAGCAUGUAUGUAGCUGUCAUGGCUUUUCAUGCGAAAGUAAGUGAUCCGCUUAUUGGAGGAACAUACAUGACUCUCUUAAAUACUGUAACCAAUCUCGGAGGUAACUGGCCUUCCACGUUGGCUCUGUGGCUGGUGGAUCCACUCACCUCGAAGGAGUGUAAAGGAGUUGAAGGGCAAACCUGUGUGUCUGCAGAAGAAGUUGGAUUAUGCACAAAACUCGGAGGCUCUUGUGUGACAGCGUUGGAUGGCUAUUACGUGGAGUCUGUAGUCUGUGUUGCUAUCGGUUUCGGCUGGUGGUUCUGGCUUGGAAAGAAGAUGCGAAAGCUGCAGGAGGAAAAACCAUCUGCAUGGCAAUGCAGGAGAACCAAAUAAAAGCCAUAAAUAGACACCAGAUCUAUGAUUUCUUUCAAGCGUUAAUCUGGUUGUGCUAAUUUGAUUCAAUGGAGAGUUACUAUUCUUGGUUUAAAUGAUACUGACUCUGAGAUCUAUGGAACCGUUUGGUAUUCCUUUGCCACAAAAAUAUUAUUUGCAUAGUUUUGGGAUGACACACAAAGAUGUCAUUCUUUGAUAUGUAGAUUUCAUUUUACAUGUAUUUUAGGUCACAUCUACUACAGACAGCUUUGCAAAGGGACCAAUUAAAUGUGGUUGCUUUGAACAAUUUGAUUUUAUAUGGCGAUUUUAACACUGGGAAGUUUGCUGAUAAGGAUUCAUCAGAGUGGUCACUAUAGACUGGUCAUCUUUUAAGAUACGAUUGACUGGGUUUUUAUUUUGGAGGGGCGAGGUGCAUAAGGAAAGAACUCGUACCCUGCGGUGUUUUGCAAACCUAUUCAUGUUGUUUGUCUGUUUUUUUUUUUAAUAGUAUACUGUGAUGCACUCCAGGUAUGUCGGCAAAGUACAUACCUCCUAGGAUUUAUAUAGCACAUUAUAAGUGUCGUGGUCUUGACAUAGCUGGUCCCUGUGACCAGCUUUCCCAGCUUGUAAAAUAGCAUCUCCUUACAAAUACUCAAGACUAGUUCCACACAAACCCUUUAGUACUUCAGCCAGUCAGGUGUUGGAUAAUUCAGUCACUGUGACUGUCAUUCAUAGUAUGCUGAACACCUUCUUGUAUCCAGCGUCAAUGCAAAGUUUGAUCAGGCGAUUCUGCAAGAACUUUUAGUAGGUCAGAACCCAUACCCACCAGAACCCAUGCUCCCCCUAAUUUGCAUCCCCGUGAGAUGAGCGGUUCUGUAACAUAACUUAUCAAAAACCCAAAUUGUAAGAAAUGUAAUCCAGUCUAUUUGCAUUAUUACCAAUGCCUUUUUGAACCAUUUGAAUGGCCUACUUUAAAAAUAAAGGAAUAAAUAAACGAUAUGAAUACAUAAGGCCCAGACUGCAUGAAUGUUUGAACAGAUUGUUUGGUAUUCUCAUUUUAAAUGUAUAUUGUCAUCUUAAAUAUAGCAAGAGAUUUCUUCUCUAAAUAACACAAUACAGUGUAGAUUUUUUUCAUGCUCUUUAUUUAAAUAAUUUAGCAGUGCUUUAAAAUGUCAAAGUCCAAAUAUUACACUUUUAUUUGGUUUAAGUUUAUUUGGAUUCUUGUGAAGGUAAGAUUAUAAUGUGUAAGAAAGAUGCAACCUUUUAUCUCCUGAAAAAACCUGGUUGGGUUUACAUGUUUUACAUUUCUUUGUUUUUAUUAUUUUAGCAAAUGUUGCGAUGUACUUGUACUUUUAAUUGAUAAUCUAAUUAGCUGCUAAUUAAGUACCAUAAAUCACGCAAAACAAUAGUUUUGUUUUUCCCUAUACAUUGCUAAAAUUUAUUUAUUGACACACGUAAUGGAUAAAAAGAGGUUUGCAGUAUUUUGCUUGUUGUUUUUGUCUGUCAUGUUUUUGUUUUGUUUAUUUGUUUUUUUUUUGUUCCAACUGCAUUGGAUCUUUACAUUCCUGAAACUGGUUGUAACUACAUUUCAUAUUGUUUUUAUUUUUAAAAAUGGUAUUACACAUGUUAUGUAAUUACUGUAAUAAUCUGGAUUCAAUUACACCAGCUGUGUGUCAAAUUAGACAUGUGCUACAUGUAAAAAACAAUAUUAUAUAUUGUAUGUUUAAACAACAUAUUCAUGUCUGCACAAAACUAAAUUGAAUUAACACAAUUCCAUCAUUUGCACCAAUAAGAAUAUACAUUCCUCUUUCUUUUUUCACUGUUAUAGAACAUAUCAUGUAUUUUAUUUACAUCUAGUUUUUGUUGAGUUUGGGGGUUGGGGAAAUCUGCUUUAUAAAUGAUGGAUUUCAUGAAAGAGGGAAUUUCAAUUCCAUUUAGUCUCCUUGUUUGAAAUUAUUUUGAAUAAUCUGGGCUUCUUAGCAGGACAUUUGUUGUGCUAUUUUUGGCCUUAUAUAAAUGUGUAUUUUGGGUACAGUGUUUUUUUGAUUCGGACAAUAUCUGUCAGUCAUUAAUUGUAAAGUAUUCAAUUUGUAUAUACCAUGCUGUAAACAGUUCUGAAUAACUUUUCUACCAACAUCAGUGAAAUGGAAGAUUAAACAGAUUUAAUACAUAUCCUAUAUGCAAUAAAAUAUAUAGAACGCU